GCCCCCAUCCUAUGCAGAGAGUUAGCUCUCUAGAGAGGCGUGGAAAUGGGAGUGGCUGGUUCUAGCUGCCUGGCUGGCCCUAACUUAGAGUUUGUUACCAUGAGUGCUCUUCCCUUCUCGCAUGCUCACCGCGGAGCCAACGUGCAGCUCAGUAUGGACGGACUGACGGCUAGGAGGACCAAGAGCUACGACAAGGCCGUCGUGGUGUCCGCUGCACCUCUGGAAGACAACUGUCUCUACCAGGUGGAAGUGAAGGAGCUAAGUGCCAAGGACUUCAAAGGAUGUCUGAGAAUAGGUGUGACUAGUUUACCCGUGGAGACAGUGUGUGGCUGGAGGAGAUGGAGAGUCGACAGUGAUACAACUGGCAACACUACUGCUCUUGACAGAACUGAUGACGGGCGACUGUGUGUCUGCACUAGAGGAGAGCGAUUCGAGGUCCGAGGGAGCCACAUUGACCUCUCCUCCCUGACAAAAGGAGAGACUGUCGGCGUAACUGUUAACCCUCCAAAUGGCAUCAGAUUCACGAUAAACGGUCGAGAAAUCAGGUUUCAAGGAAGCCCUCCGCCUCACCAAAGUUUCUCCGGUCCAAAGUACCUGUUUGUGGAUAUAUACGGUCCAGUGUGUGCAGUGAAGAGUCUGCCAGUUGAGAUGAGGGAGGGGACAGUGCUGAGGGUGGCUGGACUACCGAUAGAGGUAGGGAGAGCUGGAGAAGGGGGAGGAAGAAUCGAUUGUCGAUAUUUUGAACUCUGUCGCAGAUUUCUGUGGGCCCUGAGAGGAACUAUAGCAGAUGGCUAUUUCAACUGGGACCACUGCAAGUGCUACUGUAGCGACUGCUACGAUACUGACAGUCUCCCCAGAGUCAAGAGAAAAGGCUCUCCAGCCCAGGAGUACACUGUCCCUAGCGGCUGGACCAAGUUUGGCCUACAUGUACCUAAAAGGGCAGAGCUACUGGACAUGUGGAGAGACUGGCACGUGUGCUAUCACGGAACACCAGUAGACAGUGUGGCUGACAUACUGGACUGUGGACAGCUCAGUAUCAGAGGUGACAAGACGUUGCCAGACCGCGAGCCAGUUCCGUGUCCCUCAGAAUCACUUCAACAAGUUCUUCAGACCAGAGGGCUACAACCUGGGGCAGAUCUUCCUCUCUCCCUCCCUCCACUACUGCACCUGUGGAGAGGUCUAUGCCGGGAGCCUCAGAUGUAUGGAGAGUCACACAGGGAAAUUCUACACUGCAAAAGUGGCAUUCCAGCUCCGCGUCCAUCCCUCUGCCUACACCGUGUCUCACCAGACAACUCAGAGAUGGGACUCUGUCAUUGAUCCUCUCAUCCCCAACGACAGAAUAGAGUGGUCCACAGUCUACAGGAGCUCUACCAUACUGACUGCUCUAUGUGUCUCACUAAUAGAGCACAUUUGAAUGUAUAGAUGUGUGUGUGUGUGUGUGUGUGCUGCUAUAUAUUUAUUGUGACCCUACCUUAAUGCAGGCAUGUCUGUACUAAUGUCAGAUUGAAGUUUAGGUGACAGACAACAGACAAUCCCACCUUG